AUGGAUAGUCGUCGAAAUUUUUAUUUUCCUUCCUGGGCGCUCAAUAGUAAUGGUUUGUUCUCUAUGUCCUCGGUUUACAAACUUUUCAAUUCGUACUUUCCUCUGACUAUCCAAAAUGACUAUAACUGGAUCUGGUAUACUCACACGCUUGGCAAGAUUAGAUUUUUUCUUUGGCUCUGCGUUCAUAAUUGUCUUCCCACCAAUUCCUACCUUUUCAGAUUAAACAUUACUUCUUCCGGUAAUUGCCCUAUAUGCAAUUCAGAAGAAGAAACGAUUCCUCAUAUUUUCCUUCGCUGCCCUAUUGCUAUUGAGUUCUGGACUUCUCUUAAUAUAAGUAUCCCUUCUGAUCAUCCCCAAUGGAUUCUUCAUUUCUUACAAUCUAAUCAACCCCUCGAGAACCGUCACCUUACCUGGACUUGUUUUCUCCCUUUUGCCCUAUGGCAUAUUUGGCUUAAUCGGAACAACAAUGUUUUCAAACAAUGCUCGUCGCCUGUCCCUAUCCCCAACCUUAUCUCUAGAGUGUUGGAAUUCCUCUUCUCUACCAAGCCCCUCAAGAAAGAUAUUACUAAAAUUAACUUUAGUGUCAAAUGGUUCCCUCCCUCAUGUACUGGUCUCAAGUUCAACUUCGAUGGCGCAUUCAAUUCUAAUUCCCUUAACCAUGGGAUUGGAGUAGUCUUCAGAGACUCUGCUGGCAAUUGGUCUGCAGGUUUUUUUAACAAAGCCAAAGGUAUCAAUGCUUGUCAUAUGGAAUUGCAGGCCUUUCAUGAGGGUCUAAUGCUCGCUAUAUCUAAAAACCUCUCUGUUUCAGAGAUUGAAACGGAUGCUAUUGAUAUAAUUAAUAUGUUAGACCAGCCCCCUCCCCUUUUCUCUAAUCUUCUCUCCCUUUGUAGGUCUGCCUUGAGGAAUCUGGAGAAUCCCCAGAUCCGGUAUAAUUUUAGGGAAGGUAACAAAGUGGCUCACAAAUUAGCAACUGAAGGACCAAAAAGAGCCACAACUUAUGAUAUGGUGUUUUUGAUGGAACCUCCUCCGUGGUUAUUUGAGCUCUUCCACUGA